GUCAUGUGUUGAACAAACGUCAAGUAGUGGCGGCCUCUUUAGUCUUUAUUUAUUGUUGUUGCAGCACCUGUUAAACUGUCAAGUUUGUGUUUUCUGAAAAAACAGGAUGGAAGCCACAAAUAAAAUAUACGUGAAAUGGAGCGGAAAAGAGUACGAAAUUGAGUUAACGGAAAACGACACGGUCUUAGACUUGAAAAAUGCUAUCGAGAAACAAACGGGAGUGCGACCUGAAAGGCAGAAGCUUCUCAACUUGAAGCUGAAAGGGAAAGCACCCGAUGAGGAGUGUAGAUUAGGCCAAUUGAAGCUGAAACCGGGGUUUAAACUUAUGAUGAUGGGGUCGUUGGAAGAGGACAUUGUUGAGGCGAAUACAGCCCCAGCUGAUUUGCCUGAAGUUGUAAAUGACUUAGAUAUAGAAGAUGAAGAGGUUGCAAUAGAGAAUCAGGAUGUUUAUUUGGCUAAAAUAGAGAAAAGGAUUAAAGAAUAUAAAAUAAACAUAAUUAAUGAACCUAGACCAGAUAAAAAACUUUUAGUCUUAGACAUAGAUUAUACGUUAUUUGAUCACAGAUCCACUGCUCAGACUGGUGCAGAAUUAAUGAGGCCUUAUUUACAUGAGUUUCUAACUGCGGCUUAUGAUGACUAUGAUAUUGUUAUUUGGUCUGCAACUGGAAUGAAGUGGAUUGAAGAAAAAAUGAGACUUUUGGGCGUUUCAACUAAUACUAAUUACAAAAUCGCUUUUUAUUUAGACUCAUUAGCGAUGAUCUCGGUACACACUCCCAAAUAUGGUGUGAUGGAUGUGAAACCGUUGGGAGUAAUUUGGGGCAAGUUUUCUCAGUAUAGUGCAAAAAACACAAUAAUGUUCGACGAUAUUCGGAGGAAUUUCAUAAUGAAUCCAAAGAACGGGUUACGAAUUCGUCCUUUUCGCCAGGCCCACUUAAACAGGGACAAAGACAAUGAGCUUUUAAAGCUUUCAAAAUAUCUCAAAGACUUAGCAGAAAACUGCCCAGACUUUUCCUCCAUCAACCACCGACAUUGGGAGAAAUACAAGCCAAAGAAACGACGCAAUAAUCAAAGGCAAUAACGCAUUGUAAUAAAUAUUUUUUUCUUAAUAAAAUUUCAU